GUCUGCCCAAGAAACGGGACUACUGCGCAUGUAGCAGGUGCAUAUAUGUUUCUCCUCCAUCUUGAGAAACGGUUUCAUGCACAAAAUACAUUUUAGACAAAGUAAUAGUGGCCGAUGUAUUAAUGGUGCAGCGGAUUGAGAAUGCGGUGGGGAGGAUUGAGGUCAGGGCAGUGAGGUAGCAGCUUGCUCGGUUUGUCAGCGCUAUCAAAGUCUAGCACUGAUCUCGCUGAUGGAAAACAAGCACAUGUUGGUGGAGGCGAAAAGAUCUCAGCUUUUAAAAAAACAUUGCGCCGACAUUCACGAUUAAGACUGUGCUGGACCAAUCAAUUUAAGAAUGGAGCUGACCAAAACCUUCCUUCUCAUCUCUUUAUGCUUUUGGAUUGAACUAGGCUUGUCUAGUGAUAAAUCUUCAAAGAAAGGAAAGUCCAAGAAGAAGCAACAUCUGUGCCCGUCGUACACUUCUACACCACAUAAAUUGCAGCACUUCAAGAAGGUAGCUCACCAAGGGAAAAUAUGGAUGGGCAAUAACCAGCCACUGAUGCCUACAUCCUUGAACAGUCUGCUGAAGAUCUUGCACGAGUACCAGCAAAUUCCACCAGCAACAUUCUCAACAGAUUACUUGUCUCAUAUGAUCCAAGAAUACGGCCAAAUUUCAAAGGACUACAGAGUCAAUAUAUUCCUGAGACAGAAAUGGAAUGAUCCUCGACUUAAACUGCCAACUGAUUUUAAAGGUUCUGAUACUCUGACUGUGGAUCCCAAAAUGUUUAAAUGCUUAUGGAAACCUGAUUUGUUUUUUGCAAAUGAAAAGAAUGCAAAUUUUCAUGAUGUAACACAAGAUAACAUCCUUCUCUUUAUAUUCCGCAACGGUGAUGUACUGCUGAGCAUGAGGUUGUCAAUAACUCUUUCAUGCCCACUUGACUUGACGCUGUUUCCCAUGGAUACACAACACUGCAAGAUUCAACUGGAAAGCUUUGGCUAUACUACAGAUGACCUUCGAUUCAUCUGGCAAUCUAAAGACCCUGUUCAGAUGGAGCAAAUUGCAUUGCCACAGUUUGAUAUUAAGCAAGAAGAUAUUGAGUAUGGAAACUGCACAAAGUAUUAUAAGGGCACUGGAUAUUACACCUGUGUGGAAGUGAUAUUUACAUUAAGAAGACAAGUUGGAUAUUACAUGAUGGGAGUUUAUGCGCCAACUCUUCUGAUAGUUGUCUUAUCAUGGCUGUCAUUUUGGAUAAACCCUGAUGCAAGUGCUGCAAGAGUACCUUUAGGUAUCUUCUCAGUCCUCAACUUGUCUUCUGAGUGUAUGUCUCUUGCUGCAGAGCUGCCCAAGGUCUCCUAUGUGAAAGCUUUGGACAUCUGGUUGAUUGCUUGCCUCCUGUUUGGGUUUGCAUCCCUUGUAGAAUAUGCUGUGGUGCAGGUUUUGCUGAACAGCCCAAAAAAAGUUGAAGCUGAAAGGGCUCGAAUGCAAAAAAAACUGAAGGCCAAGGAGCAGGCUGAAGGAAAAGUAUGUGGGAAUUGGGUCAAACCAUCCUCUAAGAAUACUGUAAAUGGAACAGGUACUCCUGUUCAUAUUAACACAUUACAGGUUGCAGAGACAAGGUGCAAAAAAGUUUGUACCUCUAAGUCUGACUUGAGAUCCAAUGACUUCAGCAUUGUUGGGAGCUUGCCACGUGACUUUGAAUUGUCUAACUAUGAUUGCUAUGGAAAACCUAUUGAGGUCAACAACAGUCUUGGAAAACUUCAGUUAAAAAAUAACAAGAAGCCUCCACCUCCAAAACCUGUUAUUCCAACUGAAGCAAAGCGGAUUGACCUCUAUGCAAGAGCUGUGUUUCCAUUCUGUUUUCUCUUCUUUAAUGUAAUAUAUUGGUCUGCUUACCUAUGAUCAUUCCACUGCAAGCUUUCACUGAAAUAUUUCACAUAUCAUUUAACCUUCUCCCUGUGUCUCUCAAUCAUAACUAUUCAUUGUAAAUGCUCUGUGAUUGAAAAUUGAUUCAUAACCAGAUGCAUUUAUGUCAAAUUUGAAUGAAAGCAUGCAAUUACAAUGUGUACCCUAUAACCAAACAAUGUUGUAUAUAGCUGUACAACACCUAAGCUGCUUUGGAGAUCAUGAAGGUUAAAACUACAUUACAAUCUUUCUACUGCUCUAAGUAUAACAUGUUUAUGGGAUUAUGAUGAGUCAUUUAAAAUGUGCUGCAAUCUUUCUGAUUCUUGUACUUAUUUAUGCACGCUUAAUGUUACUAAGAUAAAAAUUAGGUAUAAAUUGUGCAAUUAUUAAAAAUUCUAUGUAUUCCAAACAGUAGACAUUUUGAUUGUUUUUGUAACAAUUAUAAGUUAAAACAAAACUAAGUACCUCAGUAUUUUCUUUAAAAAUGUGAGCUUUAUUUCAUACCAUCUUCAUUUUUAAUUCAUACAAGAAAGUAUAAAACAUUACGGUUGCAUCAAUUUUU